AUGAAUAUUCGAAACACGGAUGCAAUCCAGGAAAAUGAGCUCAAGCAAGCCGAGGACGAAGAGUUAAGCCUUGAGAAGUCUUGCACCGCGCAAUUCCAGGCCCUUGAUGCGACAACUUUGGGCAGAUUGGCAUCCAUUCGACAAAUUGUUGGGAAUGAAUGUUUCCAGAAAGCACUUUGUCGAUGGGUCCUGGAAACGAAAAAGAGUAUGAAUAUUCGAAAUACGGAUGCAAUCCAGGAAAAUGAGCUCAAGCAAGCUGAGGACGAAGAGAUAAGCCUCGAGAAGUGCGCCGUCGCGCAAUUCCAAGCCCUUGAUGCGACAACUUUGGGCAGAUUGGCAUCCAUUCGACAGAUUGUUGGGAAUGAGUGCUUUCAAAAGGCGCUCUGUCGAUGGGUCCUGGUUAGUUCCGGAAUUAUUUUUCUUUUAUUUUUUCUUUUCAAAUUAUUUUUCUUAUUUUUUCUAAUUAUUUUUCUUUUUCGGAAUUAUUUUAACACAAAGGCUAUUUGUGUGCAAACAAGAAAAAAUCCACUUCAGCGCUUCAAAAAUUCCGUUCAGGUCAGAUCUUGCCCCUCCUCUACCUCCUUUUGUUUAUCUCAGAAAAGCUCCUUUUUUUUUAAAUUUUUAGGUUUUUUCGUCUCAAAAUUGUUUAAAAUGGUUUUCAUUUUUUUUUUAUCAAAUUGA